AUGAAGAACGUUGAUCUAAAGCGGGUGCGUACCAGUGUAUUACUGGCUGAAAAAGUUCAGAAAGGAAAACAACAUGGGGAAAGUGCGCAUAUCAAUACCGAGAUUUCCAAUAUCGAAAAUACUCAAUUUGCUACGAACAUCAGGCUUCAUACCCUGAAGAACCGCCCAUGCCUCUCGACCGAAAAGACUGAUAUCUGGGGCAUCGGCAAUGUCACGGCAAACCUGGUUUGCAAUACAAUUUUCGAACGAGAACCUCUGAGGGAGGACAAAUUCUUACUCUGGGACCGCAGAACCCAGCCGAAUUCGAUCAAGUAUUUACGAGAGCUGUUGGAGAUGGCGAGAUCGUCUGUCUUACCGGAAAGAGCACUGGUACACUAUGAGAUAAUUACUACAGGUUGUGGGACGGAGAUUUGA